CAUGAAUGAAUUUUCGAAGACAAUCCCAGCUAAAAGGAGACGACGACAAUUAUUCCAGGCUCGACAGAGAACAAAUAACAGCGCUGAAAAUAAAGAAGGCAUUACUUAUUCAUCUGGAUGCGGGCUGAGCGCAGUCGUUGACGUUGACGAUUGUGUACCUCUACGAAACGAAGUAAUCCCCAAUGGAAGCACCUUUAUAUAUUUUGACCUUGAAACAACGGGCCUCAACAAGUCCUCUGAAAUAAUUCAAAUAUCAGCAAAACGUGGUUCCGAUGAAUUUAAUGAAUAUAUUCUCCCAAGUAACGACAUUUCUCGAGCGGCAUCUAUCAUUACUGGGUUGACUGUUGAAGGUGGUGAAUUGCAUUUACACGGACAGCAAUUAGCGACCGUACCACGAAGAAUUGCAAUGCAGCGAUUUCUAAACUUUUUGAUGCCAGGUCCAGUAAUACUCGUAGCUCAUAAUGGCCAUAGAUUCGACACACCCAAGCUACUUGGAGAAGUACAGAGUCUUGGAUUUUUGUCAGAGCUUCAAAAAAUCGUUUACGGUUUUUGUGAUAGCCUGCCGGCGUUAAGAAAAAAGCUUCCGGAAAGGGUUAAAUUGAAGCAGUCCUUCCGAUUAUCAACUUUGGCCGAAGAUUUAAUAGGAGAAUCUGCUUCUACUGGAUCCCAUAAUGGAGCUGUCGACGUAAGAAUGUUGGAGGAAAUAGUUCGAGUUUCAGGCAUUACUAACGAAGAACUGCGAGCCGAAACAAAAACAAUUAACACCAUUCUUUUUGCUGAGGCGCAAACUGCAAAAAUAAAAUUAAAUAAAAGUAGUUUUGAGUGCAUUACUGAAGGAAUUUCUAUGGGAAUGAAAACAAAAAUGGCUAAAGCUGGGCUGUCAAUCGAGCACUUGAAAAAAUCUUUUUCCGAAGGUGGUGAAGAAGCUAUAAAAGUCCUCUUGGCAUCAGAUGUUUCUGGCUGCCCUCGUGUAACAAAAAAUAAAAAAGUUAUUGAAAAUAUUACAACACAAAUAAAAAAAUUAUUUGAUAAACCGUAA